UGGUAAUGAGCAUUUUAGAAUUAUUAUUAGAAGUAGUACACUCCAUUAGUUAUUUCAGAAAUCCUUAAAUUAUUAGAAUUUAAGAUUUUAACACUUUUUCAAGGGGAGCAUAUCCUCAUUUCAUUGUCCAAUCCUAACAUAAUCCCAGCAUUAGCCAACCUAAAUACAACCUUCAAUUUUGUUCUUCUUCAAAUCUAUCGAUUUGAAUGACAUGCUUGUGUUCAAAGGGAGUUCGCCUUAAUUGACAAGCCCACUUGUACAUAUGUUCCUUUACUUUGCUCUUGCAGUUUCUGCCUGCCAGCCACUGUUCAGCAGUGAGUACAUUAAUACAUAUGCACUUGAGAGCCUAAAACAGUCCUGUGCAAUAGACCCAUGGGAUUUUGGUUUCCAGGUCUAUUUAUAAAGCUGUAUCUACACUGCAUGCAGGGCGAUAUUUGCGAAUGGGCUAAUGGGAUACUGUAGCUGUCUUAUGACUUGCAAAACAUGUCUUAUAUGGAGCAAAUGAUACGCUGCCCUUCAACUGGGCACUUAUCCAACAUGGCAGUUGCCAGCAUGGCCAUGCCUGGCUCCACAGCGGGCCCCACGAUGGGUUUUGAUGACUACAGUCUCUACAGCAACCUGUCAGAUGAUGAGCUGAUGCAGCUGGCUAUCGAACGCAGCCUCAGUGAGACCCACGAUGCCACAGCACCGGGUGAAGCCAGCAACACCCCCACAGCUCUAGGAAGAAGAACAGUCCAGUAUAGGGCAAAUCCACCCCCAACCAGGCUGAACCCACCAAAUCCACCAAGGCAGGAACCAAGCCAUAGGCCGCCUACUGCCAAACCAACUGACGUGUAUGUACCAGCUGAAAAGAUCCUUCAUUGUUUUUCAUUAUCCACAUUAUCCACUUAUCCACUUGGUCAUUGGGACACCCUUUACAUUAAGUUGUAGGCUACAGACAGUUACAUGCAAUUCAAAUUUCUUGACAUAAUUACAUGUUAUUUGCAGAUGUAUGCACGAGUGACUGUUUUCUUAAAUGAAUGACUUAGUUAACGUGACUAAAAUAUUUACCUGCUAAUUCUGCUAGCCGGCAAACCAAGAGGCCCCGAGUAUCGGUUGUUGACAUACGACACCUCGUUAACAUGCUGUCCUCAUUGCUUCCCGUUGGGCCACGUGAGAAACACAUGUCCUAUCGCAUCUCAUGGCACUGGAUUCUUACCCAACGGGCAUUUUAGGAAUAGAUCCAAGUAGCAGUCUGAAGUUCAUAUGCCACCAUGGAGGGAAAUAGCAACACUAACGAAAACAAGUCUUGGUGUAGAGUUGGACGUACUGUUGCAGGCUCUAAAAAGGAAGAGGACACUAUUGUGAAAGCCAUCCUGAAUGGUGAUGUGACUACGUUACGAGCUAUGGCUAAAGACACCGGGAAUAACAUACUGCGGCCUGACAAGUAUGGAUGGAUCCCGUUGCACGAGGCUGCAUAUUAUGGCCAAGACCAGUGUGUCAGGGUUCUUCUUGGGGCUCAACCUGGAAUGAUUAACAAAUGCGACCUGAAAGGCCAGACUGCUCUUAUCUUGGCGGUGGGCAGGGAAAGGGUGGCCUGUGUAAAGGCGCUUCUGGAGAAAGGGGCAGACCCAGAACUCGCCACCAAGGAGAGAGAGACCCCCCUCUACAAAGCUUGUGAAAGGGAGAAUGCUGAGAUUGUGGCCAUGCUUCUGAAUCACGGUGCUGUGGUGAACAAACACUGCAUCCAGGGCUGGACGGCUCUCCAGGAGGCUGUGAGCCGCAACAGUGUGGAGAUAUGUGAGAUGUUGGUCCAGGCCGGGGCUAAGCUCAGCCCAACCAACAUGUACGGUAUCACGCCCCUGUUUACUGCAGCCCAGAGUGGAUGCGUGGAAACACUUCGAUUUCUCAUUAAACACGGUGCUGAUAUCAACAGCGAGGCCAGUGAUGGGGCCACAGCUCUGUAUGAGGCGGCUAAGAAUGGCCAUGAAGACAUUGUGAAGCUUCUUCUUUCUCAGAAUGCUGAUGCCAACAAAGCGGGCAAGAAAGGACUUCUGCCACUACAUAUCGCUGCCCAACGAGGAACUGAUGGAAAAACCCUGCUGACCUAUGACUUCUACAAUUAUGACAAGUCAGUGAAUAUCGUGUCGUUGCUGAUCAAAGCCACCAGCAAGUCCAGAGUGAAUCGCAGUGGCAUCAGUCCCCUCCAUCUUGCCGCCGAGUGCAACAGGGAUGAAAUCCUGGAGGUCCUAAUCGAGGCCGGCUACGAUGUCAAUGCCAUGCUGUCAGAGGACCGCUCCAAGAUGUAUGAGGAUCAUCGCAGCACAACUCUAUACUUUGCCGUCGCCAACGGCAACGUGGAAGCGACCACCAUGCUUCUAGAAGCCGGUGCCAACCCCAACCUAGACACAUUCAACACACUACUUGUGGCCGUUCGGCAGGGUAGUAUCGAAUUGGUCACUUUGCUGGUGGAGCACGGGGCCAACGUUAACGCCUACGUCCCCACUCACCCCACCUCAUUCCCGGCCACUGUCAUGUUCAGUAUGAAGUACCUGUUAAUGCUGAAGUAUUUGAUGGACAAUGGCUGUGAUGCCCACUCCUGUUUUAGUUGCACUUACGGCAGUGGUCCACAUCCACCCAUUCAAGAGACCUCUGAGAGGGAUGACUUGCGCUACAAUAACGAUACACGCAGGAAUACUGGGAAAGCUGUUCAGUUCUGUGAGAUAAUCUCAACACAGGCAAUAAACCGCUGGGUAGGACCCAUCAUAGACGUACUCCUGGAUUAUGUUGGCCAUGUGAAACUCUGCUCCAGACUUACUGAACACCUAGAUAGCUUUGAGGACUGGGAAGCCAUCAAGGAGAAAGCAACGCCACCGCGUCCACUGAUGCAGCUGUGUAGGCUGAAGAUCCGGCAGCAGGUUGGAAUCCACAGACUGAGGUGCAUCAACAAACUGCCCCUCCCACCACGAGUAAUCAAGUACCUUAACCACGAAGAGCGUAACCAAGAAGAGUUUUGUGCAUACUAGAUAGUGACAUCAUAGUCAAAACAAGAGAUGACAGAGGGAAUGCCGCACAAAAUCGAUUGACAUAAGUGUUUAUGGUGUGAAUAUUUUUACUGAUAAUUCAGCAGUAAUGUAGAGUACAGUUACAUUUCACAAUUAAACUUUAAGAUCAGACUUAUGUAGUAAUUUAAUAAGCUCACCCGACUAAAGGUUCACUUAACAAAGUUGGUAGCAUUUUAUUUGACUGUUGUAGACAUUACUAGGUACUUUCUAGUAAUUACUUUUAUUUAAAUUACUAGGAAUUCGCAAGUACAUGGUAAAAUGGUAAUUACAGUAAUAACAUAUUAAUUACUUGUUUGUUUCAGUGAGACCAACUUAAGCAACAUUUUUAAACAAAUAUUGAAAUGGGUUUUUGUCAAGUUUAGAAAAUCGACCUGUUUGAGUGUACAGUAAUUUUGGGGCGUUAUAGGACCCUGUAAGGCCAGCUUUUAUGAAUUUUUGAUAUUUUUUGAAUGAGUUCAACCUUAGUUGAGACUUCAUAAUCUUGUUAUUGAGAAAAGUUUAUUCAAAUUCUCAAUGGAAGAUAAAUAUAAAAUAAAUGCACAAAUGGAUUUUUGUCUAGGUUUGGAAAGCUGCAUAUUUGAUUGCACAGCAUUUUUGGGGAAUCAUUUUACCCUUUUAGGCUACCUUAUAUGUACAGUUGAAGUCGUACGUUUAUAUACACCUUAGCCAAAUACAUUUGAACUCAGUUUUUCACAAUUCCUGACAUUUAAUCCUAGUAAAAAUUCCCUGUCUUAGGUCUGUUAGGAUCACCACUUUUAUUUCUUUCAUCACAUUCCCAGUGG